CGCGACAAACAGCAAUGGCGUCCUCUAGGAAUCGCCAUCUGGAGGGGAUAGUAUCUCCAUUACCCCGUAAAGAAAAACAAAAAUGUGUAGUGUCCAUUAAAAAAUCCUCAAUAAUUUGAAAUGGCACCGACGUGGUUCGACAGGAUACUCCACCCAAACACCCACGAGGAAACGGAGAAAAUUCUCGCCAAAUUACGCACACGAAAGAUAAAUUCUCGUUCAGGGGACGAAUUAUCCAAGUUCUUCGGUAAAUUGAACUCCGAGAAUGCACAGAAGCCACAGAAGAACGUUAUCAUAUCCCCAGGAGGUCGUCAGGACCCCCAGGUGCUCCCCACGUACGGUCCGAUCCCAGGAUUUCCUGCAGGCUCCUGGUGGGGCAUCAGGAUGGACCUCUCACGGGAUCAGGUGCACCUGCCCUUCGACAAGGACCUAGACGAGGCAUCCGCAGGAGCACUUUCUCUCUGCACAUCUCACUCAAAUCCCCACAAUGACCUUGACUUCGGUGACUACUUGACGUUCACCACGAUCGAGACCCUGGCCUCUCCCUUAAUCCGUAGCUGUCAAAAUCAAAUUCCCAUAAGACUAGUGCGUGGGUACAACUUGGCGAACAAGUACGCACCAAAAACAGGUUAUCGAUACGACGGUCUUUACCAGGUAAUCUCAUUGUGGCAGGUGGAAACUGCCUCUACCCCAGUCAAGAUCCUCAGAUUCGCCCUAGUGAGAUUGAAUUCUCAGGAUGUGCCCCCCUGGGAGCCCUCGAAGUCCCCGAAGAAGAGGAAUAAGUCGAGGACAACUCAGAGGUGUCACAUGGACUGCUGCAGGUCUGAUUCCCUCAAAAUCAGGGCAGAAGACCCCGAGAAAAUUUCAGGACUCGAGAAAGCCCCGAGGGAGAGUUCGAUCGUGAUGCGUCACGUCUCUAAGAAAUGCGAUUCGAUUCCAGGGGCUGAAUCUCCCAAGCUCAAUACCUCGAAACUCCAGAACACAAAUAUAUCGAUUAGAACUGAUCUGUACGACUCCUCACCGAAUCCCCAGGACGUCAAGAAGACACCCAUGACCUUCUGCAGGGUUUACAAGUCUUCGGUUAAAAGCCUUCCCUCACAAAUCCUCAAUCUCAACACUUUUGGGCCAGGAGCCAGGGACAAACUCCAGGAGUCACUCAUCCAAAUGCGCUCGGGGGUGGGGAAGAUCGAACGAUCACCUGUGUCUUCCGCGAGGAAUUCGUCAGCAUCCGAGGGCCCAGAAUUUACAGCUGUUUCGAGUCCCCCGGACUCUAGAGACAAACCUAUCGAGGUCUCCAAAAAACUUUCGGAAGUGGUGACUCGAUCCCCAGUGGCCGACUCCAGGAAGAGCUUUGAAAAAUCCCAGGAGGGCCUCCAGGUCACCCCGACGAUGGAGUCAGCAUUGAUAAUGCCGAAAUUGAAUAAACACGUGGUAAAAGUUCCUGAUGUUCUUCGAUCGACUCCCAAGUCUUCCAAGACCCUUUACUCCCUGAGGUCAACAUCCACUGGGAAAAAGAGCGUCGAGGCCAGCCCAAUCCUCCGGAAAUCGGUGCUGAAGUCGAAGGCAUCAGAGAGCCACAAAGAGAAUGCCGGUCACAAGAGCAGUGGAAAGAAGAGUGGAAAAUCUGGGGUUCAAGGAUAUUCCAAGGCCUCGAAGAAGCGGCAGAGUGAGCUCGCGAAAUUGGCGAUUGACGCGAAUUUUGUGGCAAAAUCGCGUGGUCCGAGGACCCGGAGAUUCCCAUAUGCCAUGAGAGGGUUCAGCAAGAGGAGGGAUAACCUGAGACACCUGAAGGGAAGAUCCAAGGACCUCUCAAAGAAGACAAAACUCAUCAAGAGGAACACCGGCCGAUCCCUAAAUUCUUCUAAAACGGAAAAGAUGGAGCUGAGGGAAUUGAAGCCUCAGGAGAAGACUGAGGGGCGAAAACCGGUGAAGUCGACGCAGAAGAGGGAGGUCAGAAGGCUAAAGAUGGUGGAUGCUGUUGUUCAGUGCACUUUGCAGAGGGAUGCCUCGACUUCGGUGGAUUUUGAAGAAUUGGCGAGUCCUCGGGGCUUUGGCCAGUGGGGGAGUCUCGAGGAUGUGAAGUCAGAGGGCUCGGAGGACCUCCAGGAGAUCGUUCACAGGAAUAUAUCGGUGCAGACGACUCAGGAAGGAGAGAUUCUUAGGCCAAGCUGCGUGAGAAGGGAUUUAGAGGCCUCUGUGAGACUCGGGGGUGGGCUCUCGGCUUUUGUACCUGUUAAUAUGUCCGAUGUGGAGUUCAGGGUGGCGAGGCUCAGGUCCAUUGGCUUCAAACCCAUUCAUCCGUGUAUUCUGUCUGGGUACGAGGGUCAGGCUUUCAGUGAAUACAGGCAGGGGAGCUCCAAGGGGGCUGUUUCUGUUGUCAGGAGAGAUGUCAAUGAACAGUACAAAAAGUACACGACUGAGGAGAAUAAUGUGGUGGGGUACAUGGACGAUCAGCUCAGGUAUCAGGAUAUCGAGGAGGAGGGAGUCAAGGGAAAGGGCAAGCGAAGGAGGAGGCGAGAGGAGGAGGUCGAGGGCCCGUGGCAUGGGUGGAAAAAGUUUGUACAACUGUGAUGGGGGAGUCAUCAGAAAUUGAGAUAAAAAUAUUUAUUUGACGCUUACAGACUCUUCUAACAGAUUAUGGGGAGAGGGGGUAGGCCCGGUGACAAAAUAAUUGGGGGAAGUAACAAAAUCUCGGAUAUUUCAAUACCUGGGGGAGGUGCAGCGUUUAUUAAUUCUUUUGGAUUGGACUGUUGUUUAUUACAACAGCGAAAUGCUGAGGUGAGAUUUAUUUUUGCGAAAUAACUUGGCAAUUGUGGAAAAUACAAAGAUGAUUGGGGGAACUUUUUUCGAGAUCUCGGGGAGAUAAGGAAAAAAGGUUUCUAUCGAUUUUUCGAUAUCUUUCCCUGGUUCUGAGAUAUUUCGCGAGAACUACUGCUUGAGUGUGAAAAUCUCGUUUCAACAUUUCGCUAAUGAAUUUUUUUUCCACUUCUGCAGUAAUUAGUGACUCGCGCAAAUUUACUCUGUAAAUACAAUCUAUGUUAACGAUAUAUACAUAUAUUAGUUUUUUUUAUUAGGACGCGAAGAUAGUCUGUUGGCUCAGAAGCUAAAUUAUUUAACGUAUGAUUUAUCCUCUUUCAUGAUUUAUUUUUUAUUAUCAUUCUUGCGAUUUCCCUCAGCUGAUUUGGGUUCGUCUUGUGGGCUUUAUUAGCGUCAAUCGUGUCAAUGUUUAAUGUUCCAGAGUGUUUCAAUGACAGAUUUACACGCGUCAACAUUGAUUUCGCUAAUUCCUUUUGUAGGAUUUUUUUUCUUAUUUUUAUCUUAGUAUUUUCGCUGUUGAGCAAAUAAAAUAAAACAGAACUUUAUAUUUUUUGAAGUGAUUGACGUAAAUAAAGAGUCGAUUGUACCAUGGAAAAA